CAUAGCAGUAAGUAACGGCCGUAAAUCGAGGUCGCAGGAGCCUUCAGAGAAUUAAAAGGCAGAUCUCGAACACGAGAGACAAUUUCUCUCAAAGUCUCCUUAAUUACGGUCUGUUGGAGGGAACAAGUCCGUGUGGAUGCUUAGAUGCCUUCGUGAGAGUGGGAGGAUGUAUACCAGAACAUUUAAUAUCCUGCACUUCAUUGUGAGAGACAAGGUUCAUCAUGGAAGCAAAAAGUUUGCGUGUUUUAUUGGUCCGGCUGCAAUCUGUGUUCACCCCAAGAAGACCGAGUUGAGUUACAGCCGCUACCAGCAAGUGCGUCUUGUGCAGCUCUGCCGCCGACUUGCAAACACUAACCAACCCCCAGGGUCCCCCCCAGACUCAAAGGGAGGGGGUGCUGCCGAGGCACCCCCCUCCCAGCCUGCCUCAGCCACAGCUCGGCUGAAAGAGGCAGUCAUUAAAGUAAUGCCACGCAAGAAGGAGAGGGUGAAGUUUGAUACCUCACACCCCUUCACAGAACGCAACUUCAUCACAGCUGUGCGUGCAAUGGCCGAGUUCCUCCUAAAGCCCUCGGACUUGGAGAAUCUUCGCAAAACCAAGAGAAGAUCACCUUUUGAAAACGAGCCGCCCAUAACUGUUUAUUGGAGGAAGGAUGUUGAGGAAAAAGCUGUGCAAGUAUGGGGAAGCAUAGAAGCCUUAGAGAAGGAAAAAAUGAAGAGAGAGAAGGAAGUGAAACAGUAUAAAGAGAACAUCUUCAAUGUGAAGAGGAUCAUGAAAGAGUACCGGCGUGACCAGAGGAGCAUCCCCGAACCCCUCACGCCUGGGGGCAACGGCAAGGAUAUUUCGGGCAAUGUGGUGUGGACAGCAGUUGCCAUAAAUGGAGCUAACCUUGUGAUGAAGCUUGGUGCCUGGGCCUUCACAGGGUCCCACAGUCUUUUUGCCGAAGCCUUGCACUCUCUGGCUGACGUCACCAACCAGCUGAUUCUCGCUUAUGGCAUUCACAAGUCCAAGCAGCGGGCUGACGUAAUACACCCCUAUGGCUACACAACCAUGAGGUAUGUGUCUUCAUUGAUCUCUGGUGCGAUGAUCUUCUGUGUUGGGGCCGGCCUCUCCUUCCAGCAUGGCAUAUCUGGACUCAUGGCUCCCUCUGAGGUGGUACCCCUUUACUGGGCUUUCUACAUCCUGGGAGGCUCCCUUAUUACAGAAGGAGGAACACUUCUCAUGGCAGCUCAUGCCAUCAGGAAGGGGGCUCAGCAACAGCAGAUGUCCUUUACCGAGUAUGUCUUACGCAGCCAAGACCCAAGUGUAAACGUGGUCCUUUUGGAGGACAUGGCGGCCGUAAUUGGGGUCUCCGUAGCAAUGGCAUGCAUGGGCCUCACCUCAAUCACUGGCUCACACAUCCCCGAUGCCAUUGGGUCAUGCCUCAUUGGGGGCAUCUUGGCCGGGGUUUCGGGAUUCAUAAUCUACACCAAUUCAGCUGCGUUGGUUGGGAAAUCCAUCCCCCAGUACCGGCUGGAGAAGAUCAACGAUGAGCUGGAGCGCGAUGUGCUGAUCCGGGCCAUCUAUGACGUCAAGGGCAUUGACAUGGGGACGGGGUUGGUGCGUUACAAGGCUGAGGUAGACUUCGAUGGCAGGGAACUCACGCGGGGCUACCUUGACAAGCAGGACUUAGAUGCAAUCAUGAAGGAAAUACAGGCCAUAAAGACAGUGGACGAGGUGGAAGCCUUCAUGUUAAAGCACGGUGAAAACAUUGUGGACAGUCUGGGAGCGGAAGUUGAUAGGAUAGAAAAAACUCUUAAGAAAGCUCAUCCUGAGAUUCGUCACUGUGAUUUAGAAAUUCUAUAAGUAACAGUAGAUUUCAACUGUGAUCUUCAGCUUUAAGUCUUUGUGCUUCGGUAAGACAGUGUAAAUUUUUCUUAGGACCCCAAUGCAGCCACUACAGAGGUAGAUUUGGGUAUUAUGCAUAUAGUUUAACGUUUUCCUGCCAGAAGAAGGAGGUAAAGCAUAUUAUCUUGCAUCAGUCUGACAGCUGUGAAGUUGUUCUGUAACCAUGCCAGUAAUACCGAAGUAUGAGUGUAUAUGUAUUCCAUUUUUGGUGUGUUAUAUCAGCCUUGUUCCACACUUCAAAUAAUUAUUUCAGUGACUGGAAAACCUCCUUUUUUCUGUUGUAGAUGAAUUAUUACAAGUGGAAGAGUAUCUCACAACAGAUGAAGAGAUUGUAUACAAUGUGUAUAAUAACCUGUAUAUGUAUUUAUAAGAUAAAGAAGUGAGCAGAACAUU